GAUAGAGAAAAUGGCUGCGAGUAUAACAGGCAUCUCUCCGUCGUCUGAAUGCAACCUGAGCCGUCCAGUGGCAUGCAACAGAUGUAGAGGCCGUCGCACAUACUGCUCCAAGGACCAGCCUAUCUGCUCAAGUUGCAGCAAAGGCAAUCACGAGUGUAUAUACGAUUUUGAUCCCAAAAUUAUGACCAAGCUGGAGUCAUACGAGGGUAUUGAACGCCAUGCCAGCACAAGUCUUACUCCCUUCGUACUGAUACAGACUCACNNAGCAAGUUCCUCAGCAGCAAUUCAUCCACCCUCGCUUGUCAGUGGAAGCAACGACCUAGAGCUCGACGUAAACCCUCUCAUGGACAACUUCGCCAAUCUUGUCAUCAGCCCCUCUGGUAAGCACCAUUAUCUUGGAAGCUCUUCGUCAACAAUUCUUGGUAGGAGAUUUCAAGAUAUCGUAGGCAUCACGAACCCUUAUUACGAUCUAGACCGAGAGUAUUCGACGUAUAACCAUUCUGCCCUGCGGUUGCGCCGACUUUCGAUUGUCGAUAACGUGAUGCUACCUCCUGCUGCCUUUGCAAAACGUCUGUACAUCGCUCAGCACUCCUAUAUCGGAACAAUCUUUGCAUUCUGCACCCCUGAAGUNUUUGAAGAACAAUUACAACAAGCAUACAAAGGACCUCCAGAUGUUGGUGAUAGAGAAGCCUGCCUCGCUUAUUGCCAAACCCUCCUGGUACUGGCUUUUGGUCAGCUAUAUUCCGUCAACCAGUGGUCUGGUUUUGAUGGGCCCCCAGGCUUUGACUUUUUCACGCAAGCUUUGCAAUAUUUACCCGACAUUCACGAAGAAGGAUCUGUCCUAUUCGUAGGCGUCUUGGCCUUGAUUGGGUACUUUAUGCAGAAUCUCAAUCGCCGCGAUGCUGCCUUCUUGUACGUAGGCACUGCGUUGAGGAUGGCCAUAUCUCUUGCUUUACACCAAGAAGUACCAGAUCCUCGUCUCGACGAAGCGAGCAAAGAGCAUCGUCGUCGCAUCUGGUGGAGCGUCUAUUCACUCGAUAGGAUACUUUGCGUGAAAUCUGGUAAUCCCUUGACUAUCGAUGAUCAAGACAUUGCCGUCAAGCUUCCNAAAAGAAUGGGCAAUGAGCCCGAGUACUGCUCUGCAGUUUGCUUGCGACACUAUACACAACUGUCUCGAAUACUUGGACGGAUCAUGAAAACAAUCUACAGAAAAACACCCAAAAGCGGCUCGACACUUAUUGCGUCCGUCUCGGAGAUCAUGACCGAUCUAUCCACAUGGCACCGCGAUUUGCCCAACGAGCUUCGCUUCGAUCCUGCGAAGCUGAGUGUAUCCCGAGAGUCUGUCUCGACACUCCUGCAUUAUCAUCAAUGCAUCAACCUCACUGCUCGACCUCUUCUCUUUCAUGUGGUAGAGAAGCGGUUACAUGGAAACGCUGACGACCUUGGCAAAGACUGGAAAGAUGGCUUAUCUCCAACGACCAUCGCUGUCAUCUGUCUUUGUGUCUCGGCUGCAAAAGACUCUGUUACUAUGAUGACACAUGCNUCAAAAAUGGAUCUCGUCGCGACUUAUGGCUACAUGGAUGGCGAACAUGCCUUCUCUGCGGCUAUCGUUCUUGUCAUGGUUUGUGUUGCCUUCCCUGCCAGUAGAUCAGAAAUCUUCGCCAUGGAUCAAUCACUCGAGCUUCUUCGGAGUAUGGCUGACAGAGGCAACACACACAUUGCUGCGAGAUAUCAAUUGCUAUCUCACUUGCGCUCCUUGAUCUCGCUCUCGGCUGCCAACGCGACGUCUACCCCUCCUGCUGCCCCAAUGCCCCAGCAAAACACGACAUUUGUGGACGUUGACCAAAUGUUUUCAUACGAUGCUGGAGAUGUUGACUUUGGGCUCUGGGAGGAAGGCUACACAAAUCCGGAUCUUGACAUAGACUUUGGAGACUUGACGCAAUGGACGCAGGCGGCACAGAAUACCUAUGGUGUAGCGCCAAUG